CCAGAGCCUAAGGUUGUUUUGGCAAGUGUACCUGACUUGGAGUGUGGGUACUCUAGGGACCUUUUGCUGCAGUGGUGUAAUAAACCUAACAACAGUAUUAUUCUGACCAGCAGAAGUGCACCAGGAACAAUAUCAAGAGAUUUCAUACAAAACAGCCAAAUGAAGAAGCUUUGGCUAAAGGUUAAGAAGAGGGUUCCUUUAGAACGGGAUGAAUUAGAAGCUUAUCGUAGGAAAGAAAAGGAACAAGAAGAACUUGAAAAGGCAGCAAGAUCCAAGUAACUACUCCAUUUUGUU